AGACGCUAAUAGGGCCGACUUUGUGGAUACCGUAUUUCCUUUCUUUUUCUUUGUUUCUUUUCUUUUCUUUUGUUGGAUUUAAGAAUGAAAGCUAGUUUCCCGUGUUUAGGGAAAACAUAUAGUUUGCGAUAAAACACUCAUUCAACAACGUUAACCACGUUUUGGAGAACCUUCCUGUAAGGCCUUAAGGGCAAGAAAAGAAAAACGUUUUCAGCACAUAUUUCUGCUGAGCUUUUGGACAGUUUUAAAAAGCAUCCCUGGUACCGCCGGGCGUUCCCACAUCGAUUUCCUGACCUCUCCAUGGCAGAACCUCUCACUGACUGGCCAAUGAUGUGGCCAUUCUCCUGGUCCUUCCCCUGGAUACGCCCUUUGUUUAUGCGCUGGUUCAACUGGCCCGACAAUGGACACAGUGAGAUGCGCUUGGAAAAGGAUCGCUAUGUCAUUUAUGUGGAUGUGAAGCAUUUCUCCCCUGAUGAGCUGUCUGUCAGCGUUAGUGAUGAUUUCGUCACAAUACACGGCAAACAUGAAGACAGACAGGAUGACCACGGCUAUGUGUCAAGAGCGUUUCUGAGGAAGUACAGGCUUCCUUCUGGUGUGACAGGUGCCGAGGUCACCUCCAGUCUGUCGUGUGAUGGUGUACUGACAAUCACAGCACCUCGGUCAUCUCCUGGGCCAGAGCGCAAUAUUCCUAUUUCCUGUGAAGAUGGAACACAGAAACAGAAAAUGUAGAGCAGAGCCUGACGCAUCAGAUGCUGCUUUACUAUUAACCCUUUAUAUUGUCUGUUAUGUUGGCAGUGCCGUACACAUAUAGAGUAGUCAUACAGUUCUAGAUGUCUAAAACUGCUGUCUAAUAAACCAGUUCCUAACCCCUAACUCACUAUUAUUGUGUUGUCUCAGCAAAACUGUGGAGCUCGUGUAACAGCGUCUGUUUUUGACAGUACGGCUUUUAUAGACACAUCAUGGUGAGUUCCAGGAUAUUGAGCUCCCAAGAGUUCAUUUCCCUAUCAUAAACAAACAGAUUAGGCUUCUACGCAAAAUACAGUCGCACAUGUAACAGUAUUUCCACAGACAAAUUCAUAACCACCAUCAAGCAUUUAGAGAAACACAAUGACUCUAGCAAGCUUUCACUUCAGUGGCAAAUGUGCUAGUUAGUAAUUGAACCCAGACAAGCUUGCAGCAUCUACUGGUUCUGCAGAGAAAUACUAAUACUAAUCAGUACUAUCCACUAAAGGUGAUAACACACUAACAAAAGAUGUAUUUUCAGCACACAGAGCAGAGUGAGCGGGUAUUAGUAAGAUGCCAAAUGGCCUGUGUUUAUUCUGUGGGAAGAGCAUUGGUUUCUGCAUGUGUGAGGAGGAGGUUUUCUGGAGGCACAGACAGCCCGUUUGUUUUUAGUAAAAAAAUAAAUAAAUAAAUAAACAGAAGAAGAAGAAAAAGCCACCAAAGGCAUCGGGACCAGGCGUGUUGAGAGAAUGAGAGCGAAUGAGCAAGAAGCAAAGUUGUGGACAAAGGAGAGAAACAGACAGGGCCCCUUUUUCACUGGGGAACAUGACCUCUGAGCUGCUAAGGAUAGUAUGAUUGUGAAUGUACGUGAGCGCAUUUAUACUUGUAGAUGCAAGAAUUACAACUCUAUUAUAUUUGUUAAGCCUUUUGGAAUAUUAACACUGACAACAGCAAGUAGAAUAAAUAUGGAGAUUCAAGUUCA